CACACCAUUGCCUCACUCACGCAGAUUCUUUGGCACUGAGCGCCGAUACUUGCAAUGCAGCGCCCAGGCCACAAGCUCAACACCCGCGAGGCCAACCCUAACGAAUACAUCACAUUCAUCCGCUCGCUGCAGAAUCGCCCGAACUCUGAGGAUGCAGAGCACAUCCUCAAGGCGAUCGCCGCCCAAGUCCGCAAGAUUAUGGCUGCGCGAUACAUGCUAAUCGGGACGCUGGAGGAGGCGGCGUACAAUGGCGUCUUUGCAGGGCGGAAUUGGAACCAUGGGCAGACUGUCGAGCUCGUCCUCCGCCGCCCCAAUGGCCAGUUCUAUCCCUUGAGCUACAUGCUCUCGGUUAUGGCUCACGAGAUGGCCCAUAUUACUCAUAUGAAUCACGGCCCCGAGUUUCAGAAGCUUAAUGCCGCGAUUCGCAAGGACAUCGCAGAUCUGCGCGCGAGGGGACACUACGGUGAUGGCUUCUGGUCACAUGGACAUCGCCUGCGCGACGGCGCCGAGCUCGGCGCAGCUGGACUCCAGGCCAGCGAGCUGCCGCAAUACGUGUGCGGCGUAACCAAAUCCGACGCCCGACGCGCCGGCUCGCGCCGCAGACGGCCGGCUAGUAGCCGCGGACCGGGCAUGGUGAAGGGCGUCGCCUCGCACCUGUCCGGCGCGCAGACGGAGAAGCGGAGCAAGCCGGGACAGCGCAACACCAUCGACAUGGGACUGGGUAGCGGGCGCGUAGACGGGCGCGAGGAACUUACGAAAGAGGACCACGAGCUCCGCAAGGCAUGGAUUGAGGCGCGAGUUGAAGCCCUCGUGCGUCAGGGUGUCGAGGUCAAGAAGGCUCGACGGCGGGCCGUCGACGCGUUUAAUAAGGCGAACCCCAGAUAUAGGGCCGGGAGUACCCGUGGCAAGCAGGCAGGGUCCAAGGCUGCGGCACAAGAUCGGGCGGCGCUUUUCGAGCGGUUGUUGAGUCGCGGUGCUCCGUCAGUCAAGGAGGAAGGGCUCGCGGAGGUGCCAGUCAAACAGGAGCCAGUAAAGGAGGUAGACGACUCUGGAGAAGGAGAAGACAGCGACGAGGACGACAUCGAAAUCAUCGAGGACCCACAUCUCUCUUUGGAAGAACGACGGAAGGAGCUGGACGCGGAUCGGGAGGAAGAGCCCGGUACUUCAGCCGGAGGACUGCGUCCAGAAUGGAAGGAGUUCCUCGCUGAAGCUGCGCAGGCCUCAGCGAAGCGCGACGCAAGUGUCCGCCGUCGACAUGUGCCGUCCUCGAGGAGCUCACGCUCUCCACAGGGUAAUGCAAAGCCUACCACCCAGGAAGUCAUCGAAGUCGCAGACAGCUCUGACGAGGAGCUACGCGAAUAUGACAGACCUCCAAAGCGCCUCCGCAUGGUCAAGGACGAGGCGGGUUCAUCAGAGCCUCUCCACACCUCGUCUCACUGCCCCACAUCGUCUUCAAUCGUCAAGCUUGACAGCGAUCGAGAUCGGAUCCGGGAGCGGCGGCUCCGUGCGUUUGGUCAGGCUUCAAGUACGCCAUCCGGUACAUCUCAACGCGCCACCAGCCCGGAGGCAGCACAUAAAGCCAUCAAACUCGAGGACGGGUCGGAAGGAUGGAUCUGCGGUGUUUGCAGCCUCGAGAAUUCGUUGUCGCAGACCCGAUGUGGCGUGUGUGAGGCUUGUCCGGAUGGCACCGGGUCUAUCGCGCAGUAGAACGUGAACAUCGCGCUCGUGCCCAGUGUAACUAGAGGUGCUAGAUACAGUUGUAAGAACAUGAGCACUCAUGUGCUCUGUGAUCUGUGAAG